AGCCGUUCUGGUGGCGAUCCGCCCCCCCCCCCCGGGGGGGCGCCGCCCCUGGGCCAUGCCGGCGCGCGGCGGCGCACGGACGCCCUGGCCACAUGGGGCGCUUGCGGUGCAGGUCAUAGCGGGGCUGGCCGUGGCAGCUGCAGCCGCCACCCCCGACAGCGGUGGGCUGAGAGGCUACCCCACUGCCCAAGAGCCCGUCUGGGUGACCAGGAGGCUGCAGGGCACAUGCGGCGCCGUGUGCGCGGCGGACGGCCAGACCGCCACCUGCGCCGAGCGCGUGCAGGCGGCAGCCGCGGGGGUCCUGCAGGACAUGCAGGCCUGCCUGGACGCGUACAACGUCGUGCUCGAGAGCUGCCCCGCGUGCGCCACGUGCGCCAUCUCGGACGUCGGGUGCGGCUCGGGCGGGUCCGCAGGCGGCACCGCCGCCGCCCUGCCGGGAGCCGCCGUCACUGUCCCCGACGCGGCGCCGCCCGUGAUGCAACCUGUCGUGCCUGACAUCGCGCAGCCUCAGGUGAGGCCCUCAUUGCGGCUGCAAAGGAAGAUGGCAGCCAGCACGAACAGGAGGAGCGCGCGCCCGAUCAGCAGCUCCAGCCACCUGGUUGGACGCAGCCGCAGCAGCCGCAGCAGCCGCAGCAGCCGCAGGAGCCGCAGCAGCCGCAGCAGCCACAGCAGCAGCCCCAGAUUUUGCAGCCAAACACUCGGGGCCGUGCGGCUUCCUCCGCCGCCGCCGACGACACCGGGGACGACUACGCAAGCGUGGCGGGCCCCUCCCACGACCUCCACGAAGACAGCGACCUUCACGGUGGCCGCCAAGAUUACGACGACGACGAUGCCGUUCGACUGCUCCAUGGGGGCCGACCAUCCCGAGCUGUGGAUCUUCAGCAAGAGGGCCUGGUGCUGCUCCGCCCGCGGCAAGGGCUGCUGGGACUCCACCACGGUCACGACCUCCAGAACUACGACGUCGACGCGCACCACCAGCACCAGGACAACGACAUUCACCAAGACGUCAACGCUCACGUCAACCAUUACACACACGACGACAACAACGACGACCAGGACAACUAGCACCUCCACGAAAACUUCGAGUACCUCGACGAGGACGGUCACGACCACAACCACUCGCACCACGAGCACGUCUACUAUCACCAAAACGUCCACAACCACCACCCACACAACGACGACAACGACACCUCCCCCAUUCACCUGCGAGGGGAAGAUUGGGGGCCACAUGUCCAACUGGACUGGAAGAAAGAUGAAAUGGUGUUGCCGAGAAAUGGCAAUUGGCUGUCCUACACUAACCACGACCACUACUAGCACAAUCACUAAGACCUCCACCGUCACGACCUCUACCUCGACCAAGACCUCUACCUCUACCUCUACCUCGACUGUGACUGUAACCCGAACCAAGACCUCGACUACCUCGACUCGUACCUCUACCUUCACGACCUCUACUACUACCAGGACCCGUACUAACACCGACACCUUAACUUCCACAUUGACCAACAUAACAAUGACAGCGUCCAGCACCACGACAGCGAUCUCCAUAACGGGAACUGAGACUACAGUUUCAACCCAAACCGCAACAACAAACACCACGACUUCUACUAGAACCAGAACGUCUACCACCACGAACACCACCACGACCACGAGUACCAAGACCACCACGACAGUCACCGCAACGAUGACAACUCUGACCGCCACGGAGACGACAACCACGACCAGCACGACGAGCACGUUCACGAGGACCGAUCGGGAGUGCCUGCGCGAGGCAGCGCCGACG